AUGUUUGAAUUUGUUGAUAUGGAGUAUCUUACCUUGUUACGCCACGUCCCCACACGCUGGUUGAGCUUGCUCCCUGCAAUAAAUCGACUGGUGAGCAUCUGGCCUGCUGUGAAAAGUUAUUUUUUGUCGCUGGGCCAGGAGGAAUGCCCCCGUGCCAUUUGGGAUGCGCUCAAGGGGCACGAGCAUGGCGAACAAGAUGAUCCAAAUGAGCUUGAAAUCACGUUCUUCUUCCUUCAGAAUGUUCUCAAAAUAUUCUCCACAGCUGUCCUCAGUCUUGAAAGCAACAGUCUCACUUCAGUUGAGGUAUAUGGAGUGAUGAACGACCUCCGAGUCAAACUGCAGCAGCGCAAAAACGACGCUUUCUUUGGCACAAAAGUGGAUGAUAUUAUGGCUUCCUCUCCCAGCAAUAAAGUUGACCGGCUACGCCAAGAGUUUAGCUCUUUCUUACAAGUUGCUGUGGAUUACUUGGAGAAGUGGUUCGACUUUUCACAAACUGGAUAUCUCUACAAUGUACAGUGUUUAAAUAUCAAGGAACAAAGAGAGAUCAGAUACAGUAAACUUAAAGACGCAGUGUGCGCUCUUAACAUGGAAGAGCAUCUGGACUUGGAUGAGCUCUAUAACGAAAACUGCGCUCUGAAGAAUGUAUUGGCCCAUCUGGACACGAGCAGCAACUCAGUUGGCGAUCUUUGGGCCCAAGUACUGAAGACCCCGUCCACGUUUCCGCAGUUUACAAAAUUAUUGUCCUUCGUCCUCAGCGUUCCUGUGAGCAAUGCUUACUCAGAGCGGGUCUUCUCCAUCAUGAAAGGCGCUUGGACUGACGUGCGAAACAGGUGUUCAAUGGAGCUUGUCCGUGCAGAGAUAAAAAUUAAAAUGAAUCUGGCUAUGACCUGUGCAGAGUUCUACAAAUUCAUCCUGGAGAACAAGAAGGCCCUCUUUGCUGUGAAAUCAUCCGCGAAAUACAGCAACAGCACCGAGUCGUCACAAAAGCCUCCUUCGAGGCAAACAAAUGAAGACAACACCCGUGGCAGCAGAGAUAUGGGAGAAACGUCAUAAUCUAAUAAAAACCGUUGCCAAGAGAUUUUAGUUUAUGAAUUAAUUAGGCCUAUGCUAAGAGUU